UCUCGGUCACUGUAGUGACUCGUGUGGGAGUUCCCUGGAGUCCGGCAUAGAGGAGAAAAGGCUUGUAUCGGAAUGAAGUUCCAUACAACAACCCAGAGUAACCCAGAUCAGUUCCUCCUCAAUGCAACCGUGUUGCACAGGAUCAAGCCUGCACUCCGUCUGUGUGUAAAUAGCAGGGCAGGAGCAUGGCUGCAGAAUUCCUCAAUGGUAAGGAUGCUCAUUCUGUUCUGAAGCGUUUCCCUCGAGCCAAUGGGUACUUGGAGGAGUUGAAACAGGGGAACAUUGAAAGGGAGUGUGGUGAGGAGAGCUGCAGCUUCGAAGAGGCCAGUGAAGUGUUUGAGAACAAAGAGAGAACGAUGGAGUUUUGGAGAACUCGCAGUGCCUACAAAGUGAGUAACAGCGAAGGGCUUACUGAACGUGUCGACACUGUCUACAUGGUGGUUCCUCUGCUGGGCGUGGCCCUGCUCAUCAUCAUUGGCCUCUUCCUCCUUUGGAGGUGCCAGCUUCAGAAGGCCACACGUCGACGGCCUGCUUACACCCAGAACCACUACUUGGCCAACAACCGCAGCACCCGCAGCCUGCCACGCAUUCUGGUUUACAGAGAAACAGUGGCACACACUGAAAGCUCACACCAGGAGUCCAGUUCACAUCCCACUGUAAUGAGUGGUGCUGAGAGAGGAGUCGGUUCCCAGUCGGACUCCCAUGGCCUCCAUCAGCAGAACACUCAUGCCCUCCAUGUACAGGACUCCUGCUUGUCGGUGGCCUCACAGCUGUCGGGUGCCACACCACCUCCAUCUUAUGAAGAGGUGACAGGACACCUGGAAAGCAGUGGAGAUGAGACUUCAGCACCUUCAUACAGCGACCCUCCACCCAAAUAUGAGGAAAUCAUACAGGAGAAAUGAAAAAGGCAAAAACAAUUCGGCCAUGACCAUUGCUCCCUCACUGUUUCUGAAGGAGGUCAAACCUGACAAAAAAGCAGUUCUGCCUCGAUUGGUGGUGCUGGCUUCUGCUUGCUGAAACCCAUAUUGUAUUUACCAUUUUUCUGCACCGUAUAAUACCUUAGUUUCACUCAUAGGUGCAACCUAAAGCCUGUCACCCUUGUGAAUAUGAGUGUCACCCAGGAUUAUUGUUCUUAAUUUAACCGUAAUCCCUCGUCAGAUACUUCAUUUCGUUUGGUCUUAAUUUUGCCAUGGCAAACUGUGAAUGACAGACUUCGUCCCUGUGCAGCCAUAGUGGAGACUAAAUGUACAACAAGGUCCAAGAAGAGGAUUUGACAAGGAAGAUGCUUGCUCAUACAGUGGCAGGAAAAAGUGAACCCUUUGGAAUUUUCUGCAUUAACUGGUCAUAAAAUAUUAUCUGUUCUUCCUCUAAGUCUUUAUCUAAGUACAAACAAACACAGUGUGGUAAUAACACACAAACAAUUGUAAUCGUUUGUGUCUGUAUUGAACACCCAUUCACAGUGCUGGUGGAAAAAGUAAGUGAACCCUUGGAUUUAAUAACCGUUCAAACUUCCUUUGACAGCAGUAGCCUCAAACAAACUCUUCCAGUAGCUGCAGAUCAGACCUGCAAAAUGUUCAGGAUGAAUUUUGGACCAUUCUUCCUACAGAACUGCUUCAGUUCAGGCAUAUUAUUAGAAUUUCUGGUGUGAGCGGCUCUCUGAGGUCAUUCCACUCUAUUCUAUUCCACUCAUCUCUAUUGGUUUAAGGUCUGGGAUCUGACUUGGCCACUCCAAAAGGCAGAUUCUGUUUGUUUUAAGUCAUUCUGGUGUAGAUUGACUUUGAUGUUUAGGGUCAUUGUCCUGCAGGAUCACCAAACUUCUACUAAGCUGAGUGACAUUACCCCUGGGAAUUCAUUUUCCCCUUGAUGAUGGCAAGCUUUCCAGGUCCAGAGGAAACAAAGCAGUCCCAAAUCAUGAUGCUUCCUCCACCAUACUUCACAGUUGAAAUGUUAGAUGCAGUGCCCUUUAAUGCCAUAUAUUGCAUUAAAUAUAUGGCAUUAUAUGUGUUGCUUGCAAAAGCAGCUGCUUCCUCUUUGGUGCCCUGCCAUGGAAACCAUGCUCUCUGCAACCAUGCACCAUGAUUUGCUUAUGGUAGACAUAAACAGAGAUGUUAACCAGUUCCAAUGAUUGAUUGAAGAUUUUGACUGUUAUUUGAGUUUGUUUUUUUUUUAAAUCUCAAACAUACUGAACAUUUUGCGUUGUGCCUUUGGAGUCAUCUUAGCUGGGCGCUCACUUCUAGGGAGAGUUGCCACAGAACUAAAUUGUCUCCAUUGCAAACAGUUUAUCUGACUGUGGACUAAUUAAUAUCUAAACUCUUUGAGAUCACUCUGUAACUCUUUCCAGGUUUAAGCAAACCAACCUUUCUCGAUUGCAAGUCUUCUGAGAUCUUUUUUGCUGGGCAUGGUUCACAUCAGCAGGUGCUUCUUCUGAAUAGAAAACUCAAACUGUUUAAGUGUUUUUUAUAAGUCAAAGUAGCUUUUACCCAGACCCCUAACUUGGUUUCAUUGACUGGACUCCAGUUUUACUAAGUCCUGCCUCCAAUUAUUGUUGAUGUAAUUUGCCGAGGGGUUCACAUACUUUGUCCAGCCUACACUGUGAAUGUUUUCAAUAUGGACAAUGAUUAUAAUACAAUGAUUUGUGUGUUAUUAGUUAAAUAGAUUGUGUUUGUUCAUAACUGUAACUUAGAUGAAGAUCUAAUUUAAGACCAAUGUACUGGUAAUGGUUCACUUCCCUUUUAAUGCGACUGCACAUCUGUGGCCCUUUUAGCAGGCUAGAAAAGCAGGCACGUUUUAGGUCCGCAACAGGGGAUGGCACAGGUGGGCCUCAACUCUCUCCUUCAUCACUCAUUUUAAAUGUUAAUAUAACCAAUCUCCCAGCAAGCUGCUGUCAUUAACCUGUAUUUUGGUUCAUUUUAUCAGACAAUUAUCAUAAAAUUCUAAGUUUAUCUGCAGCAACAGCUUGGUCCCUGAAUGGAGAUUUAUCCUUGUCUCCAUCUCUCUCUCUCUCUCUCUCUCUCUCUCUCUCUCUCUCUCUCUCUCUAAUUACACACACAAGAAAGUUCUGCUGUAUACACUCACCAGGCACUUUAUUACCAUACAACAUACCCUUACUAACACCAUACUAAAACUGGGUUGUUUCUCCCUUUAAUGUUGGAAACAUUCCUUUGAGAUUCUGCUCCAUGUUGACAUGACUGCAUCACAUCAUUUCUGCAGAUUUUUCAGCUGCACACUCAUGCUGCCAAUCUCCCAUUCUACCACAUCCCAAAGCUGUCCUGUUGGAUUCAAGCCUGGUGUCGGGGGAGGCCACUAAACUACACAGAACUCAUUGUUAAAUUCAUGAAACUACUUUGAGACGAGUUUUGCCUUGUGACAUGGUGCAUUAUCAUGCUGGAAGUGGCAGAUGGUAAAUUGAUAGCCAACACAUGCUCAGCAACAAUACUUAGAAAGACUGCGGCAUUCACACAAUGAUUGAUUGAUAUUAAGGAGCCCAAAGUGUGCCAAGAAAACAUACUCCACACCAUUACACCACCGCCGCCAGUCUGGACUGUUGACAAAAGACAGGUUGGGUCCAAGGAUUCAUGCUGUUGAUGCCAAAUUCUGACCCUGCCAUCUGUGUGCCUCAGCAGAAAUCCAGAUUCAUCAGACCAGGCUACGUUUUUCUAGUCUUCUAGUCUUCUCCAGUUUUGGUGAGCCUGUGCCCACUGCAGCCUCAGAUUUCUUUUCUCGGCUGACAGGAGUUGAACCCAACAUGGUCUUCUGCUGUUGGAGCCCAUCCACCUCUAGGUUGGACAUGUUGUUCACUCUGAGAUGCUUUUCUGCUCACCACAGUUGUAUAGAGUGGUUAUCUGAUUUACCGUAGCCUUUUCGUCGGUUCCAACCAGUCACAGCGAUUGUCCUCUGACCUCUCUCAUCAACAAGGUGUUUACGUCCACAGAACGUCCACACUCUGAGUAAACUAUAGAGACUGUUGUUUGUGAAAAUCCAAGGAGAUCAUCAGUUUCAGAAAUACUCAAACCAGCCCGUCUGGCACCAACAGUCAUACUGCAGUCAAAGUCACUGAAGUCACAUUUUCUGAUGUUUGAUGUGAACAAUGAGUGAAGCUCCUGACCAGCUAUAGACUCGAGCCGGCACAGCAGAAAUAGUCUCAGCAUAUAAAGAUAGCGGAGUGGGGAAAAGACCCAGGGUCAGGCGUGGCUCACAGACUGGGCUGGACAUACACACUGGCUAGAAUCCAGCAGUAGCAGCAGGCAUAUGAAGUAUGAGAUACAGGGUUUUGUCAGAUUGAUCAGCACACUUGUCAUGAUUGGCAGGUGGGAAGGAGAUCACAAACGUCCUGCUUUUAACUGAGGAGCAGAUUCCCUCGUGCUGAUGAACAGUGAUUGUUUCUUAAUAUCGGCAGAGAAAAACAAAUCACAUUUGUGUCUUCAGAAAUCAUAACAGAGGUUAUCUCAGGGCAC